GUAGACUCUUGUUGUGAUUGACAGCCAUCUGAACCAAUAGAAAUGAAGUUUGCUGUAGUAGGCGGAGCUUUCUUUGCGGACGGCUCUGUUUAAAAUGUCUCCUUAACAACCGAGCUGGAAGCCAAACAGCAGAAGUUUUCGCAGGAGAAACGCCUCGAGUCGGAAUGGCUGGGACAGGCGAGGGGAAGAAGGAAGAGGCCGACUACAAGAGACUGCACAGCUUUCCUCUGAUCAGGCAUACAGACAUGCCAGAGGAAAUGAGGGUGGAGACCAUGGAGCUUUGUGUAACAGCCUGUGAAAAGUUUGCCACAAACAAUGAGAGUGCAGCAAAGAUGAUCAAGGAGUCUAUGGACAAAAAAUUUGGCAGCUCAUGGCACGUAGUGAUCGGAGAAGGCUUUGGCUUUGAAGUCACGCACGAGGUGAAGAACCUGCUCUACAUGUUCUUUGGUGGAAGCCUGGCUGUGUGUGUGUGGAAGUGCUCCUAGCAUCUCCUUGCUGUCCCCCAUCCCUCUGCUGUGCACACUGGACUGGGACUAAACACCAGCUACCAGCCAGAUGCUGGUUACAUUUGCAUUUCAGCAGGUCAGUUUGUCCACACUACCAGACCACUGUGGCAGAUUAAAACCUAUUUGGAAACCUUGUCCAGUUUAAAGAUGUAGAGGAAAUACUUGAAAGGAACAUUUGAGCGCACAGUGACCUUCGCUGGGGGGCAUAAUAAUGGCUUCCUGCCUUGUCUGUUAGUAUUCUUUCUUUUUCUAUCUUCUCUGUCUGAAGGUGAACCUAUGUGAACCCAUACUCUUAAACAUGUGUGACUGUGCAUGUAAGUAAUUCAAUUCAACUUUAACAAACAAUACAGCCAGGGUCUCCAAUGUCCUUUAUCCUCAUUCCUUUUCAGGGAGCGUGUGUGUGAGUGCGUUUAUAUUUUUGUGUGUGCUGGACACACACUUUUUGAAAUAAUGUUGCAUCAUCACCGUCCCACAGCAGUUUGUGCAACAGUAGAUUGUCCAUGUCAUCUAUAAUGUUUCACACGUGUCUUUCUCUCUCUUGAGCAGCACUAUGGUUUCAAUAAAAUUUGUAAUAUUUUUUAUGUGUACAUAUCUUAUACAUAUAAGCAACUUUGAGAACUUUUUUUUAGAGACUAGUGUUAUCUUCCGACAACUGACGGCUCAGAGUCUCCUUAUCCAAAUAACACUAAACCCGAUUCACCUUUUCUCCGUAAAGGUGUUUGUAAUAAUUCCUAAUAAUAUCACGUGCGCUGAGUGAUAUUAGCAAUGUGAUUGUUUUUUUUUUUUUUUAUGUUGAUGCGAGUUUUGAUGACCUAUUGCAAUGAAGCAUUAUGUGUAAACUGACAUGAUUGUACAAUAAACUCUGAAAUGUGAUGAAGUAGA